CACUUUCAUUGACAUUCCAAACUCAAUCCGUUGUGCUCAAAUGUCAUACAUUGCCUCUGCUCGACGUCGGCGGCCACAGGAGUUCUUUCUGCCAAACGGCAAGAAGAUCAUUGCCUCCCUGCCCGAAGAUCUCGAGUCUUUACGUGAAGAACAUGGAAAGCGAAAUGAUGUUCAGGUUGAAGUUGUCAUCCACGGAUCUCCAGAACAUUGCGACUAUCUAAGAGAGACCCGAGAUCACCACGAGAGUCGCCGUGCUCACUUUCGACAACGGCAUGGACCUGCCUUUGACGAGUGGGAGGAUAUGCAGAGCCAACUUGAUAUCGUCAACAGCCACCUGGAACGGCUCUCUACCAACACGUCUGCUCUGAGUGCCAAUUUCGACAAGUUUGGUUAUGGUGCUGAGCUCCGAACUUAUGAUGAUGAUGACCCCUUACCAGCUGCUGACUCUUCCAACAUGUCAACUUCGGACACACUCUCAGUCGGCUCCGGUGGAGGUCAGCCUCGACUAGGAGAAACUAUCAAACUUUUUAAGAGGCCAGUGGUCAAGCAGUGGUUUCACAAAGGGUUGUUGUGGCGUGCCUCAGAAAACACCGAGAUCAUGGCCAUUGAGCUGUUCUUUGAUCUUCUCUAUGUCGGCAUCAUUCAUGUCAACGGCGAGCAUGUCUGGGCUGAGCCGACCGGCAAAGAGCUGCUUCGCUUCGCAAUCACGUUCAUCAUGUCAUGGAAGAUUUGGUCCGAUAUCACUCUGAUCCUGAGCUGGUUUGAGACGGACGAUGUCUUUACACGGCUUGAGAUUCUGUUCGAGAUUGCUUGUCUCCUGGGGUUCUCGACCAAUAUGACAUAUGCAUUUUAUCCUGGCGAGCACAAUACCUACACUAUGCUGGUAUCGUUCUAUGUCGCUGCUCGUUUCAGAGGUGUCUUCCACUUCUUGUACACUGGGUACCUACUGCCAAUGGUGCGAGGUGUUAUGUUCUGCCAAGCUCUCAACAUAAUUGUGCCAGCAGCCCUGUGGAUCGCUAGUAUUCAUGUUGAGAUGCCUUCUCGUCUGGGACUCAUCUGGGUUGCCAUCACCUUGGAUAUGUGCGGCCAGAGCAUCCUCACUGGAAUUUACCAAUACGGCCGUAAGGCUGCUCAUAACAAAACCAUUGUCAAGUAUCUCUCGGGGAUCUUCGAGUUCUUUCCAGCCGUCAAUAUUGAGCAUCGUGUUGAACGAACCAAUGCCUUUGUCUCGCUGGUGUUUGGGUACUCUGUCAUGGGACCAAUGUUUCAGAGCCACGGAGGAUAUACCGUUGAUGUGUUCUUGGGGAAGGCCGUUCUGGGUCUUUGCCAGGCGUUUGUGUUUAACUGGAUCUAUUUUGAUGUGGAUGGCAGCAACAUCAAUAUCCAUGCUAUUCGACGCUCCGUGAUAUCCUCGUCCGUAUGGCACUACGCCCAUCUCCCGUUCAUCAUGGGCUACAUUCUCGCAUCUGCCGGGCUAUCUAAGCUCGUCUGGAUCGCAGAUACCCCGGAUGCCAACCCUGAGCAUCUUACGGAACACUAUAUCGAGCGUUCAGACCCCGAGAUGGAUGACGGUAUCCGGUACUUCUACUGUCAAGGCCUUGCUGUGGCCUUGUUCUUUAUGGGGGUCAUUUCAGUCACUCAUGAUCAUCGCCAUCCAGCAACUAGACGCCUGUCCGAGAAGACGCGGUUGGCCAAUAGACUUCUCGUCUGCCUCAUCUUGUUUCUCUUGCCAUUGGCUAAGAGCCUUAACUCGCUAAACCUGAUAUCCAUCACUUUGGCUCUCUCUGUGUGGGUGUUGCUGCUGGAGUUGUUUGGCAAAUCGUGCCGUAACGACCCGUUCAUUGGUGAGAAGCAGGGGUGCUCAGUGAGGUACAGGUGUAAAUGCAGUAAGAAGGAUCUCGAGAAUGCCAACUUGAAUGAGAAGGAACAAAUCCCAUCGACUGAGGUGCUUGAGCUGGGACCCAGAGAGAAAACCGCUGUUCCUGAAGUGCAAGAAUAGAUACAAAAAUGGGUGAUGUGGGAUGCAACUUGGUGGUUAGCAUUUAUCCGGCUAAAUUGACGGAACGGUCUCUCGAAAAGCAGAAGGUUGAUUUAUAUAACUAAAAUGUGUGUACAGUCUAUCCCUAUUAUCGAU